AUGAUUUACUUAAACCUUCUAAACCUCAUCAUUAUCAACCUAUUCCAUAUUCACUAUGCUCAACGAUUAACUCCAAUUAUCGGUGAUAAAUGUGAUAUUAACAGUCCAGAGGUACUCAUUGGUGGAAAAGAAACACAAUUCUUCCUGAAAUGUGAGCAAAGCUUACAAUCAGAAACUGAUAAAGGAGUUUGGGUUGUAAAAAAGUCGUCUUCUAUCAACUACAACAUCUGUAAUAUCACAAACAAGUUCUACAGUGACACCUGUAACUGUUGCAUUAACAGUCGAGAGCAAGCAACAAUCGCAACAAUUCAUUAA